AGAAGAAAAGGAAACCUCAAUAUCUGCCAUCCCGCCGCAAUUCUUUCGACUCGCUAGCUUCCCGAUGGCUACACGUCCUACUGUUUUUUUUUCUUUAUAUUUAUGAUAUCAUAUUAAUUUAGUGAAACUUCGUCUGUUUUUUUUUUCUUUGGAUAUUUGUUGAUUUCUAACUCCCCUAUGCAUAUUACAUUAACUCUCUCUCCUUCUGACCACCGUUAGUGCACGGUUGUUGAUUAUUUGUGUGUGUGUUUUGUAGUACGGCACUUGCCUGUGUGAGUGUGUGAGAGAGAAGUGGGUUUGACGGCGACACCGAGCUUCCAGUGCGCUUGUGUUGUUUGCCUGAGGCGGAGUGCACGCUCAGUUGCUGCUACUUUCCGUUUCCAUUGCGACGGUGUUCAUUAAGAACACUACUACUAUUAUUCCUGAAACUAAUAAGCUUUCAGUUUACCUGUUUUUCCUCCUCAAGACUCUAUUCUCGUCACCGUUUAUUUUACUAUUAUUGCUUUAUUUGUUUUCUUCCUUCGUAUUUUGGACCUCAGCGUUGUUUUUGUUGUGGUGGUUCCUCUUCGACAGUUGCCGCGAUUGUUCCUACCUGUAUAUACACAGAUACAUACAUACACUGCUCUACAGUGAAACGCAGGGUUUUUGUUUAUUGGCAUUUCUACUUCCUUCCUUACAUAUCCCUCAGUGCUCUUUUUUUUUUUCCUCGUUUUACGAAUUCGCUGAAAACUAUAUUUCUGCAUUUAAAGAAAAACAAAAACGAAAAGAAGAAGAAGAAGGAAGAGAGGGAGUGUAAUCUCUUUUUGUUGCUGCUUCUGCUUCUGUGUGCGUCUUUUUGUUUUAUUGUUGUUGUUAUUGUUUUUCCGUUUGCUUGUUUCAGUGGCGGUGAUUUGACUUCUCUGGUUUUAUUAGCUAAGCGUGCGAAGGUCGCGGAAAACAAAAACCCACGUGUAUGCAUCACCGUUGCGAGGUCUUUGAUGCAGAAAGAAAAGAGAAAGAGAAAAACAAUUGACACAGUACAACGGAAAGAUAUCGCCCUGCAACGCGCGUUACUCAUGCACCCAGUCAGUAACCACUAUGAACGGCACUCGCACUUCUUUGUCCCACGCACCCUCGCCUCCGUGAGUGGUACAACGACGGCAGCCUCCUUGUCCUCCUCCGCAUCCGCAUCACCCAUCGCCAUCGCGGCUGCAGCAGCAUCCAGCACAACAACUGCCCCCCUUGCGAUCACGACGACCUCGCCCACCAGUGCCACGGUCGCCGUGUUCAGCACCUCCUUUUCGGAACACCACACAGCCGCCACAGAAGCCGCGCUGAGCACCACCGCCACGACAAGCGCGACGCAGAGCGCGUCCUCGCAUGAACGUGUUUUGAUGGACCCCAAGUCCCCAGGUUCACACCCGAUGAGCGCGUCCGCGUCUCUGCUGGCGCCGCCGACGCCGAGCAACUGGAUGGUACGCGGGCCCUCGAGCAACGCCUCCCUCGUCACCCUUUCUGCGUUAGGCGUCGGCACCAAUCACGACUCUGCCGCCUCGGGGUCGUCGUUUAACUCCUCCGCGGGCAACCCGACCCUCUCUCCGCUGUUGCACCCGUACAGCCGCAACAGCAGCAACAGCAUGUGGAGCUACCCGGCUGCGCACGACUCGGCAGGAGAGGUGGAGGGCGCAGACGGAGUCUUUCUCCCCAUGGAGCGCGCCUCAGGUCGCAAACGCACGCCGCGGCCGGCAGCGCUGUCCGGGGAGACGAACAGCAGCAGCAGCGGCGUCGGCGGAGGCAAUGCGGUGGCAGACGCGGACAUCCACUCCACGCCGUCGCCGGCGCGACUGAUGUUUUCUCACCGGACCAGUGCAAGAGGCGGCAUUUGUGAGAACGGCGACGACGCUGGAGUUCGUGCGCACCGGCCCGGCAGCUUCUCCUUGGUGGAUGACGACGCCUUCCUUGGCAGUCAGUCACGGCUGCCGAGCGAUGUGUGCGGCGACGAGGACUCCGUCCACACCCACUUCGAUGGACACAAGGCGGAGGUGCAGAGCAUGCUGCACUCAACUCGCAGCCGAGGCUCGGUUGCGGCCACCACCACCACGACCAUGGCGACACACACCUCCUCACCCAUGACAUCGAGUCUGCCCUCCGUGACGCUCGGCGUGAUGAGCGCAGUGCCACCGCCGCCCGUCGACCUCGUGACGCGAGUCUCCUCGAUUUCGUCGAAGGCACUUGGUGAGGCGAGCCGGUCAACCUUCUCGACACCACACAACGCGACGGUCAUUCCACUUCCCCCGACCGUCGGGGCAACACCAGCGGCAACAGCGAACAGCCACCGUCGCACGCACACCCCCGUCUCUCCGCGUACGCCGGUCUCUUUCGUCCCCUCUGGCGAUCAGCCGCUCCACACGACGAGCUCUCACAUACCUCGUGUCCCGGCAGGUCCGCUGAAGUCGGCCGACUCGCCGACCCGCUUAGCUGGUCCGCUAGGCGGCAGAGCCGUUGGCAGCGGCUGUGAGGUGCAAAACCGUCUCACGUACACCUCUCACCACUUUGCCAGCGCGGUGGAGCUCCAAACCUGGACGCCCUACUCGACCGUGUCGAGCAGCGGCUCUCUGCUUAGUCUGGGCAACGGCACUGCACUCGAAAGGGAAUCAGACGACGCCGAUGCCUCCUCGGCGGCAACAGCAGCAGGAGUGGGGCAGAACACCUUCAGCAACAGCACCAGCGCGGGCCAGCGGAACGACGACAAGCACGACGGCGAAGGCCACACAGCGAGCGCGUCGAUGCUGCGCCACGCUGGCGUCUCGGCGACAAACGUCACCGCCACCUUCGCCCCGUUUCUGCACCCUGCCGCUGCCUCCGCCACGGGGUACCCUUUCGACAAUCGCAAAGUCUUAUCCUUAAGCGCGCACGAUGCGACCUAUCCAUCGAAGCCGUCAGCAGCUGACUCGCCGGCGCCCACCCCACUCGCUGACGCGUGGACGGCGGACUCCAGCGCUGCCGAAAGAACGGAGCAGCGCAGCAACACCAGUCGGAGCAGCAGCGGCAGCGGCAGCGGGCAUCGUCAACAACGCCGUCCGCAUCAUCGUAGCCAUGGCGCCCCAACUACUUCAUCAUCCCCCUCGCAUCACGGCUCGCAGAAUGCAAAUGUGCUGGCAGUGGUGUGGGCUGCGACAGGUGUAUGUGCGCCGUCCGGCGUGUCCGUCCCGGUGUUCAGCAGCACGGAGACGCGCCCUGUCGUAUCGGUCACGACGCGAGGGCACAACAGCGGCAGCAACUUUUUGAACUACCACCCCAACUUUUCGCGGACGUUUCACGGCCAUUUUGGCACGACGAGUGCCGCUGCCGCACCGACGGGCAACACCAAUACUGCUGCGACUACCGCGACGGGGAAUGUGCGGAGGAGCCGCAAGAACAACGGCAUUCCCGUCAUGCCGUCUCCCCCACCGCUGCCACCGCCUUCAUCGCGCAUCCCCUCCCCGAUCGUGCGCACGGCAACGAACAUUAUCUGUGGUUUCGCCGCCGCUACCGCCCCGGCGCAUCACCGCCCCACCGCAACCUUCGGCGCCGGGAGCCCCACCGCCCAGUUGGGUGGUGGGCUGCAAUGUGGGUCGACGUCUUCCGCUCCGCCACCACCACCACCACCGUCCCUCGCAGAACGCGACAACACAAAACAACAACAAAAGACGGCGCAGCAAAUGCGCAGCUUGUUCUCGACUCUGCCAAGCGAUCGCUGCUCUUCUCCCCGUCAUGGCACAGACGAAGACAACGACUUUACCACGGCAUCAGCGGCACUAGGAAAUGAAGACGCAAGCGCUGCUGUCGCGGCGGCGGCGGCGGUCCAGACUGUACCAUCUGCGAUGUUCAUCAACGGCCACCACAGCACGCCCGAUGAACACGAUAGGGUGGAGGCGUUGAUUGGCGGGAUGCCAAUGAUGGUGGUGCAGCCAGCGGUGCUGCGUCCACAGCCAGACGGCGUCGGUGGUGGUCCGACGAACCCGACUGCUACGCCGACGGCGGUGAGCCACGGGUACGCGCACGGUCCAAACCCGCACCUACACAGCUGCCUCCGCGACUCUAGUCUCGGCAGCAGCAGCGGCGCGCACGGCAGCCCUUGCGCGAAGGCGCGACCGUCCGUUCCGCCCACCGCCUUCACCACCGGGCAGUCACGCGAGUUUCUUUAUACCUCGGACUCCUCAGCGUACACCUCUACUCCGCAGACACUCACGAGUACGGCGAGCGACCCGCUGCUGUUGUCGCUGUCCUCGGCGAACCUCGCUGCACCAAUGACGAGCAACGGAAGCAACGGCAUCAGCAUUUCGAACUGCUACCCGGUGAACUCCAACAACAGUGGCGGGGCCUUGACGACGGCAGCGGCGGUGCAGUCCACCAGCGUAGGCGUUGCGGAGGGCUUUGUCAUGAAGCCGGAUGCGGAGACGAUACAGCGCCUGCCGCGCGGCAAGGUCCCUCGCAUGCCGGGCUGCUCAAUGAGAGACUGGACGGCUCACUUAUCCGCAAAGGAAGCCAAAAACAGGCGUGGGCAUCAGCAGCAGCAGCGUCGUGGCAGCGUAUCAUCGCUCAGCAGCGAACACCGCCAACGCGCCGGCAGCAAUUCCGGUUUCGGCAGCCCCAGCAGCGGCAGCCCCGGUGGCACGGCACCGGCUUUUCCUUCCUCUGCCGCUCAGCACCCACCCGGUUCACGAGCGGCGUUGCCUCGUAUGACCCCGCAGGAAGUCUCCCGGCACAACACACCCGAUGAUCUCUGGAUGGUGAUUCGCAACGUGGUGUACGACUGCACCGAGUUUCAGCGCUUCCACCCAGGUGGUGAGAAGUUGCUGCUGGCGUGCGCCGGCCGGGACGCGACGGAUGUGUAUGAUCGCUUUCAUGCGUGGGUGUCAUGUGAGAGCUUUAUGGGGCCUUACGCGGUCGGCAUUCUCGCUCCGCCGCCUCAGCAAUAG